GAAAGCACUGAAGAUCAUAAGCGCAAUGCCUCACGUCCUGUUUGAGGUCGGGUUAUACUCCGUCAUCGGGCAGAUGGUAACGGCACAGAGUGACAAACUGCUGCACUCGGCAUUCAGCUGUGGAUGGGUGGACUGCGACACUCGGUUCAGGCGCAACCUGAUUAUUUUCUCUAUGGCGGCCAGACGACCUCUGGAAUUCACUGUGGGAAAAACGUACAAGCUGUCCAAGGAGACGUUCUUGCAGGUUUUGAAUGGAUCGUACGCGAUGUUCAACAUGCUUUACACAUUGCAAAGUAAUAGGUAAUGCCCCAGUGGCCAACAUCGCCAUGAAACUUAGCGGUCCCGAUAUCAAGUAAUAAAC